AUGAGUUUCAACAAAUUUGUCAUCAUUUCGUAUGAUGGAGGCAUUAAGGAAGUCUUUUGUUUGCAAGUGACCAAUCGUGACAAUGUGGAUUAUAAAACGGAACAACAACGAAAGGAAAUCGCUGCAUCUGUCACUAAAGAUUACGCAAAUUGUGCAGCUGGAGUGAAAGCAGGAAUCGAUUUGGGUCCUGGACCAUUCGCAACAGGAAAUGUUAAUACAGAAGUAGUGAAACAAAUGGAGAAAUUCAAAACAGGAUGGGUCAAUCCUUGUGGUUUUGGUAAAGUGGAUCCUGUGGAAUUCAUUUUGGAAAAGAAUGACCUCACAGCUUCCGAAUGGAGACUCAAUAUUAUGAAUUUCAAACCAUGCUCGAAUUCUGCCAAGUGUCAUCCUCGUAAUGAUCAAUUCGUUCCACCCAAGUAUGUCUACCACAAGACCGUUGAAGGUAAAAAAGAUCCUGAACGAACGGUGAAUAUUGUGGGCACGAAGAAAUCAAGACCUGUCUAUUCUCAAGUCAAUAAGGGUAAAAAAUCAAGAGCCAAACAGGAUGAACCAGAUCCAUCGUCAUCAGCUCCAUUGACACCACCUCCUUCACCAAAAAAGACGAACCCAUCGACACCACCUUCCUCUCCAGGACCUCAAUUAGUGACACCAUCUCCGAUUAAGGUGCUCCCAGCGAAUAAGGUCGGAGGAAUGAGAGUUUCUUCUCCAAAGAAGACCAAAGUGGGAGGAACACAUUCAUCCCCUUCAAAGAGGCAAUAA